AAUCAACUGAAAGCGCUCAAUUUGGGAAAGUCUCCUAAGAAGAACAAAGGAGAGACUCCUGCGUCGCAUCGUUCGAAAGGUGACAAGGAUUUGAACGACGGCAGCGAAACCGGUCGCGCUGCUACGGAUGAUGGUGGUGGUGAAAUCCGCAGACGUGGUAAGCGACGACGCAAGGGUCGUCAGGGUGGUAGCGACAGACUCACUUCAGCAGGACUAGCUGCGCAGACUCAGCAAGAUCCCGAGACACAGAUUGCAGGAAUCGGAACAGACUCCCAAAACCCAAGUUCCCGAGGGUCGAUAGCGCCAGCGGCUGACGAUGAAGUGAUAGUCCUGCCGGUGGUCAAAUCCGGCGUAUCAAAAAAGGCUGAUUCGUUCCUUGAUGAUGAGAUCCUCAAGUAUUUACACAGAGAGGUGGAUGAGGAGGCUAUUGAGACUGAGUUUGAUGUGAAGCGUCGCUACGUACUCGAGGAAGCUUUACGCACUCGCCCAGAGCGACCAUACGGGCAAGAGAUGCAGGCACUAAUCCGAGAGCUGAAGGUGCCAGCAGUAAGCCUGGGUGACUGGCUGCACAUACCGCGGGUGUUCUCCAGGCGAAACGCGCAGUUCUCGCUGCCUAUAGACUCUAAUGCGUUGGAAACCUUGACUCCAAUGAAUUACGCCGCGAGGUUCGUGACCAUCAAGAAGUCUAAACAACUGCUAUAUCUGACAGUUCUAAGAAAAUUCAGACCGGAAGGGUAUCGGAUGCCAAUUAAGGAUAUAGAAGAAGGUUUAAUCCUAAUGAUGGGCGGCAUCCUCUCCGCUGAACAGGCGAGUCAUUUCCAACACAUCAUGAUGUGGACAAGUUAUGAGGAAGAGGAGAAUAUUCCCGACGAAAUCAAGUUAACUCUCCUCGAUUCUGGAAGAAAGACUUCGAUCACAGAAGGAGGUGAUACAGGGGAGUCCAUAACUGACACCAUAAAGUUUCGAACUUGGUGCGGACUUUGUGCAAUAUGCGAGCGAAUGUUUGGCAGAUACCCGCCCCGAGACAGAGAUCCUCCUGAUGGGAUUGAACUAAGCGAUUUUACCAUGCUAGAAACAAAAUUGGCGGUACUGAAGGUGCACAGUGGACUACGAAGUCUUGGACACCAUAAGAGAACGAUGAUUUAA